ACACGUGCAGUAAGCUGAUCUUUGCGCUAGUGUUGUGAAACAGGCUGAGGCGUCAGUGCUCGGUCGACCAGCAGGCGCGUCGACGCGGGCUCCACGCGCUAUACAAAAUGGCGCGCCCUCUCAUCUGUACACACUUUCUAACGUUUAUGACGUUCGCAUUCGCACAGGAUUACUACCAAACCCCGUGGAUUGGAUCGCAAAAACUUGCCUCGUGCUACAACAACGAGGGCCAACCGCAAAGAUGUAUACCGGAGUUCCAAAAUGCCGCCUUUAUGGUGCAAAUGGAGGCCACAAACACAUGCGGUGACAAUGGUGUGAAGAUGUAUUGUAUACAGACCUCCGCUGGCACUUCGACAAGGUCUUGUGAUUAUUGUCAACGGGAUCAGUUCUCCAGCUAUUAUUUGACUGACUUGCAUUACGAACAGGACAAUCAAACAUGGUGGCAAUCAGAAACGAUGAAGGAAGGCAUCCAAUAUCCGAAUCAAGUAAAUUUAACGUUGCAUUUAGGUAAGGCGUUUGACAUCACAUACGUUAGGAUUGUUUUCUAUUCUCCACGACCACAAAGUUUCGCCAUAUACAAAAAAACCAGUGAAGAUUCAGAAUGGGAGCCCUAUCAAUAUUUCAGUGCGUCAUGUCGUGAUACAUACGGAGUCCAAGAGCAGCGCGCUGCGGAGUUAGGAGCAGAAACGAGGGCGCUGUGCACCAGUGAAUAUUCAGACAUAUCUCCCUUAUCUGGUGGUAACGUCCUGUUCUCCACACUUGAAGGCCGUCCAUCCGCUUUCACCUUCGACAGCAGCCCUGAAUUACAGGAAUGGGUAACUGCGACUGACCUGCGUAUAUCUUUGGAUCGUUUGAACACUUUCGGAGAUGAAAUUUUCGGUGACGUCCAAGUGUUGCAAUCUUAUUGGUACGCUAUAGCUGACGUGGCGGUCGGUGCUCGCUGCAAGUGCAAUGGGCACGCCUCUGUUUGCGACGCCCAAGAGCUCUCCGACGGUACUAGGGCUAGGUACUGUAGGUGUGAGCAUAAUACUGCUGGUAGAGAGUGUGAGAAGUGCUUGGAUUUCUACAAUGACGCCCCCUGGGGUCGAGCUUCCCCUACUAAUGUACACGAAUGUAAAGCGUGCAAUUGUAACGGAUUCUCGAACAAAUGCUACUUUGACAAGGAUUUGUAUGAACGCACUGGACAUGGCGGCCAUUGUAUAGAUUGCGCGGAGAACAGAGAUGGCGCCAACUGUGAGAGGUGCAAAGAGAACUUCUUCCAAGGCACUGAGGAGAUCUGUAUGCCUUGCAACUGUAACCCUAUUGGUUCUCGCAGUCUUCAGUGCAACGCCCAAGGCAAAUGCCAAUGUAAGCCAGGAGUGACGGGAGACAAAUGCGACGUGUGUGCUCCCAAUCAUUACGAGUUCACGAACCAAGGUUGCAAACCGUGUGGUUGCAACGAGUCCGGCUCCUUCGCCAACACGCCUCAGUGCGACUCCGAAACUGGUAUCUGUUUGUGCAAACAAAACGUGGAAGGAAGACAAUGUAAGGAGUGUAAACCCGGAUUUUUCAACCUCGAUAUUGCGAAUGAGUUUGGCUGCACGCCGUGCUUCUGUUUCGGCCACUCCUCUCAAUGUAGCUCGGCACCAAAGUAUCAGGCUCACGAAAUAAGCGCGCACUUUAUCAGAGACGCGGAGAAAUGGAGCGCAGAGGAUAUCAAUAAGCAACCAGCUCAACUACAGUUUAAUGCAAACACACAAAAUAUAGCUGUUGUAUCGAAGAACUCAGAUAUAGUGUACUUUGUGGCUGCCAGUCAAUUCCUUGGAGACCAAAGACCUUCGUACAAUCACGAUCUUAAGUUCACUCUUCGACUAGGGGAAGAUAGAGGCUACCCGUCGUCUCAGGAUAUUAUUCUAGAAGGUGCAAGAACUUCUGUGUCUAUGAACAUAUACGGACAAAACAACCCGGAACCAAAUGAUCAGGCUCAAGAAUACAAAUUUAGAUUGCACGAGGACCCAAGGUACGGAUGGACACCCACACUAUCGAACUUCGAGUUUAUGUCGAUUCUUCAGAAUUUGACCGCCAUUAAGAUCAGAGGAACUUACAAUAAGGGCGGCCAGGGAUAUCUGAUGAACUUCAAGUUGGAUACCGCGAAGAUCGGAAGGGAAAAGGGUUCGGCGGCUGCGAAUUGGGUCGAGAAAUGUUCCUGUCCUAAAGCGUACGUGGGUGAUUACUGCGAGGAGUGUGCGCCGGGCUUCAAACACGAGCCAGCGAACGGCGGCCCUUAUUCUACCUGCAUACCCUGCGAUUGUAACGGGCACGCACACAUCUGCGACACAGCAACAGGUUUCUGUAUCUGCAAACACAAUACGACUGGCAGCAAUUGUGAAUUGUGUGCCAAGGGUUUCUAUGGCAACGCCAUAGCUGGUACGCCAGACGACUGCAAGCCCUGCCCGUGCCCUAAGGACAGCGGGUGUAUCCAGUUGAUGGAUCAAAGCAUUGUGUGCACUGACUGUCCCGUUGGUUAUGCCGGUCCAAGGUGCGAAGUUUGCGCGGACGGUCACUUCGGCGACCCAACGGGUCAGUUCGGCCCGGCACAGGAGUGCGAGGAGUGUCAGUGUAACGGCAACGUCGACCCCAACGCCGUCGGCAACUGCAACAGAACUACUGGCGAAUGUCUCAAGUGCAUUUACAAUACCGCCGGCGAUCAUUGCGACAAGUGUUUGAGUGGAUACUUCGGCUAUGCACUUGACCAAAAGAAGAAGGGAGAUUGCAAGCCGUGUAUGUGUCACGAGGCGGGCACAUUGGAGAGCCCUGAAGGACCCCCGCAGUGCGACGGCUUGACCGGCUACUGUUCUUGCCGACCGCAUGUCAUAGGCCGAAACUGUGAUAAAUGUGAAGACGGCUAUUACAAUAUCAAUUCUGGGGAAGGCUGCAAACCUUGCAACUGCAAUCUGGAGGGUUCGUUCAACAGCACCUGCCAUCCUGAAACCGGACAGUGUUAUUGUAAACCUGGUAUUGAUGGUCUCCAUUGCGAUCGUUGUCGCGUGUACCACUACGGGUUCUCGACGGAGGGUUGUCAGGACUGCGACUGCGACGACUGGGGCUCGACGAACUACCAGUGCGACAAGCUCGGCCAGUGUCCCUGCCAAGAGUUCGUCGAGGGACGACGGUGUGAUAGGUGUAUGGAGAACAAGAUGCGAAGAGGCGAUGGUCGUGGCUGCGAGGACUGUCCUCCGUGUUACAACUUAGUCCAGGACGCUGUCAACCAACACAGAAAGGAACUCAAGGAGUUAGAUGACAUCCUAGCGAAGAUAUCGAAGGCUCCCACAGUGGUUGAGAAUGCGGACUUCGACAACGAAUUGCAGCGGGUUCGAGACGAUAUCGAGCGACUAGUAGAGGAAGCUCAGGAGCAACUUGGCAACGGCGCCGGCGACGGUCUCACCAACAGCCUGGCUGAGCUGGCUGAUAGACUGGCUGAUGUCAGUAACAUGCUGUACAAAAUAGAAGACGAAAGCUAUGAAGGUAAUGAGUCUGUGGAAAAGAGUAGGAGCAAUGCCUCCAAAGCAGAAAACACCAUAGAGGCCGCUCAGAAAGAAAUCAACAGUGCCUUGGAAUAUCUUGACGGGGAAGGAGCAGCCGCCUUAGCGAAAGCUCGCAACAGAUCCGACCAAUUCGGUAAACAGUCGGUGGACAUGUCAGCUCUAGCUAAAGAGUCUAGAUUACUUGCGGAAAAACUAGAAAAUGAAGCCAAAAAUAUCAGAGAUAUAGCCGAGAAGGCUUUUAAUACAUCUCAGCAAGCUCACUCAAUCGCUAAGGAGGGAAUUACCAAACAAGCUAACAUCAGCAAUGAAGUUCAAAUUUUGGCUAACGAAUUGAAUGCAGCGUCAGGUAAAUUAAAUAGCAUGACUGAAUUGGCCGACCAGGCCUUGAAGCGGGCUAAAGGAGUCUACGACGAAGCUUUAGGGCUAUAUGCCGAAGUGAACACAACUCUGUUACCUGAUAUCAAGAUGGACAAAUUACAUCACGAUUCGAUGGAAAUGAAUAAAACUAUCGACGUUAAGUUAGCAGAGUUGGACAACAUUAUUGAGAAGAACGAAAAUACUCUUCACGCAUUAGAACAAGAAACUCAAAGAGGGAAAGACAUUCUAGAACAGGGACACGACAGACAGGACGAACUAAACGAUCUGUUGGUCAAGUUAGACGAAAUACAAGCGCAGGCGAAAAAUGACGUCGAACUUACUAACGCCACUUUGAAAGACGCCAAUGAAAUAUACAAAACUCUAAAAGAGUUCAGUGACCAAGUGACAGAAUCUCGCCAGAGAGCGGAACAGGCCGCGCUGGAUGUGCCAGAAGUACAAGAGAAGGUGGCAACAGCCGAUCUGAACAUCCAGAAUAUUAUCCAGGAGUUGAACGAUGCCAGUGACAAGGCGAAGGAAGCGAGGGACUUGGCUCAGCAGGCACAAAAACAGUACGCCGAUAAGGCAUCCGAAGCAGCUCACGAAAUAAGGAAGAAGGCCUCGUCUUCCAGGGGUGAGGCUGGUCGACUUUUGGACGAAGCUGACAAACUUUCAACACGCGUACAAGGAACCGCAAAACAGAUAGACGAUUUGAAGAAACAAGCUGAAGAAAACAUGCAGCUUACUAGCGACGCCAAGAUGAAGGUCGGACAAGCCAAUACCGACGCUAGAGAGGCGGAAAAGCAGGUGUCGAAGGGUCUAGAAGAUCUGAAGACUAUAAUGGAUGAGCUACAGAACUUACCGACCCUUGAUGACGCUGCUUUGGAUAGAUUGCAAAAGAACCUCGAUAAAGCCGAAGGCGACUUGAUCAAGGUUGACCUUGAUGGGAAGAUCAAAUCGCUGACCGAAGCCAAAAACAACCAUCACAGGUGGAUGAAGCAAUACCAAGACGAGAAAGAUGAACUUCGUGCCGAAGUGGACAAUGUGAAGGAUAUUCUGAAUCAGCUGCCAGAUGGAUGCUUCAAGAGAAUCGUCCUAGAACCCACCGAGGGACCAAGCAGAGGCGCGGGUUACAGCUAGACCCUUAUUUUAAAUGAAAAUAAAUUGAAAUUGCAGUCUUAAAAGUACAGUAAAGCGAGGCCACAAUGUUCCAGUAAGUCGCAUUGACGUAGAAUAGCGCGUUGGUCCCACCUGCGUUGUGUAAACGCAUGUCAACAUAAUACAAGGCGGCGAUAAUAUCAUUCACUUUAUCCCACUUCAUCUUUAUUCCGCUGUUCGGUCAAAAUACCAUAUCCGACGGUACAACGCGUUAUUUUGGCAUAUUAUAAUAAAUAUGUAAUGCCGCUGCGGCCAAGGGAGUAAUGUGACCUCGCCCUUAUGAUGCGACGACAACAACAAAAUUGCACAGUUCGCUAACAAUAGACAUACAAAACCGUUCUUUUCGUUUUAGGCGUCUCUUAGGCGUCUUAUUUUUAUUAGAAUUCUAAUAACAAAAAGUAAGUAGUAGUAUACGUUUUUUAUAGUACUGUACAUAAGUCUACUGUAACCGAACUGUGCUCAUUGAUCGUCAAUAUAUUGUGCCAAUAAUAUCUAUAAUGUGCCAACAGCCAAGUCAAUUUGACCACAGCUGAGUACUUUACGCUUUGAGUGCCUUAAUAAUAGAACAAAAUAUUUCAUCCAAAAUAUUCUAUUUGAAGAACUUUGUCCGAUUAAAAAACGUAUCGUAAGUGCUACAAUAAAAUAUAACAAAGUAGUUAAGUAGUACUUAUUAGGUAUUUAAUACAACGUAUUCCUUUCAUGCAUUUUUGUGUAUUUAUAAGAGUUAGAUUACAUUAGUUCGAUCUGCAGAGAAUAUAUCGUUAAGACUUACCAAGGUAUUCGUAGAUCAUAACAUUUUUUAUGACUUCAGUCCGAUGUAAUACUCAAUUUUGAACUCUAGUUCUAUAUUAUUAAGGUUAGCGUAACGUUAAGGUCAGCGUUACACCGAGUACCGAGUUUGUUGGCGACUUUACAAUGCCUUUUCCCAAUU